AACAGGUGUGACCCUCUCCUCCCAAUCUACUGACGCUAUACAUAUAUAUACAUAUAUAUAUAUGUUCGCGGGAAUUCGCGGAGUUGGCCGUGAUUGCCGUUUUGACGCGACAGACUGACGCGUUCUCGUUUUUACGACCGCCGUGACGCGGUCUUUACUUUUACUGUUGGAAUUGACUUAGAGACUUCGUCUUUGGAUGUUUCAGAGGCGAACACAACGAUAUAUGAAAUAAAAGCAUAAAUGUAAUAGUGAUGUCGCUUUGUCAAGAAAAAUCGCUAGCAUACUACAAAUAAACUUCUAAAAGUCAAAAAAGAAUCUCGCAUCAAUUUAAACAAGAUAAAAAGUGAUCGCUAGAUUUUUCUAGUUAAAUUAAACUGCGCGCAGACGAACAACUGAAAUCGCAAUUUCGAAAGAUAUUAAGCUCUAAGAACAAAUAGUCAGGAGCUUAAUCCGUGAAAUCGCCGAGAAGUGAAGAAUGUCGUGAAAUUGUCUCGAGAGCGAGGACAGAACUACUUGAAGUAAACGAUUAAAAGUUACUCGGAUUAAAAAUGGCGAGAUUUAAUAAGCAAAGGAUUACCGGCUGGAUGUAAAAUGGCUUGAGUGGAAGCAUAUUGCCUAUUUAAAAGGAAUUGAGAGAAAACUAAAACUGAUGUUCCUCUAAAAGAAAAAUAAGUUGGAUAUAUUGAUCAUGUAGACGUUAAGUUAAUUUUUUAAGAAGAAAUUGUGGAAUUGUGACAACUGCUUACUUGGCUGGAAAUAAUUUAUUAUCAGAGAUGUUCUGUAUAACGGCAAAGUCAAAGACAGCAUCGAAAUGAUGCCGGCGCGCAUCAAGGGCUGCCAAGGCCGUAGCGCGCGACGCAAACGCUUCUGCGCAUCGUCGUCGUGACGUCAUGAAUGCGCAAUCAACGUCGCCGCCGCCGUCGUCGUCGUCGUCGUCGAGCCCCUGCGUUGCCGUCGCCGUCGCCGCCGCAACGUUCGCACCGUCGAGAUCGUCGACGGGUUCCGCGUCCGCGUUUUUUUGCACCGCGUGUCUAUUUUUGGUUACGAUUUUGAUUUCGUGUACCGGUGCCGGUUCGUCACUGUUGGUGCACAAAUAUAGUACGCGUGUCGUAAAAACCAAAUACGGGGCGCUACGGGGCGUCAUGAUCCACAUCCACCCGCCCGUGGAGGCUUUUCUGGGGGUGCCAUACGCUACGCCACCUGUCGGCAGUCUUAGGUACAUGCCUCCGGUGACACCUUCGAUAUGGAAAAACACGAAACUGGCCGAUCGGUUUGGCGCCGUUUGCCCGCAAAGGCUGCCCGAUAUCGGGAAUCGCUCGGAGGCCCUUUUGGAAUUUCCAAAGGCACGACUGCUCUACCUCGAAAAGCUGCUGCCCCUGCUGGCGAAUCAGAGCGAGGACUGUCUUUAUUUAAAUAUCUACGUACCCAGGACAGCAUCUGGUGAAGAAGAACCAACGAAAUUGCCAUGCUUAGUAUACGUCCAUGGAGAGAGCUACGAAUGGAACUCAGGAAAUCCUUAUGACGGUACAGUUCUGGCAUCAUCUGGCAGAGUUAUUGUGGUCACCAUCAACUUCCGAUUAGGAGUUUUAGGAUUCCUUAAGACGGGCACGAAGGGAAGCGCCCAAGGGAACUUUGGCCUAAUGGACCUCGUCGCCGGUCUCCAUUGGCUGAGAGAAAACCUCCAGGCAUUCGGGGGCGACCCUGAACGGGUUACUUUAAUGGGACACGGCACUGGGGCGGCCUUGGUCAACUUUAUUUCUGUAUCACCUGUAGCUAAAGAGUUACUGCAUAGGGUGAUUCUCCUGAGUGGAUCGGGAUUAAGUCCAUGGGCCCUUCAAAGGGAUCCGUUAUGGGUGAAAAGGACCGUAGCGAAACACACCGGUUGCCAUGGGGACCUUAAUGAAGAUGACCUGGCGCCAUGUUUAAGACUGAAACCCCUCAAUUUUUUGCUUAAUAUUAAAGUGGAUACUCCCAGAUUUUUGCCAGGUUUCGCCCCAUUUAUCGACGGUACAAUCCUGGUAAAUCCGAACACGCCUCCACGAACAACAAGCACAUCGACAGUGGCCACGUCAGCAGGCUACGAACUCGCCGAUUUUCCAGAACGCGACCUUUUGUUCGGUCUCACCAACACCGAAUCCUACUUGGACCUCAAUGCUCAAGAUUUAGAGUUCGGGUUUAAUGAAACGAAACGUGACAGGAUCUUACGGACGUACGUUCGCAAUUCUUACUAUUUUCAUUUGAAUGAGAUUUUUUCGACUUUAAAAAAUGAAUACACGGACUGGGAACGACCUAGCCAAAACCCGUUGAGUGUACGUGACGCGACUUUAGAUGUGCUUAGUGAUGGGCAUACGGUGGCGCCGUUGAUUAGAGUCGGAUACUUACACUCGUUGAGUGGUGGAAAGACGUUUUUUUUACAUUUUCAACACCACUCUGGAGAAAGGGAUGUUCCUUUGAGGAUGGGAAGCGUGAGAGGAGAAGACUUGCCUUAUAUUCUAGGACUACCUCUGAUAAACGGAGAAACAUUUUUUCCACACAACUAUAGCCAUAGUGAUAUUGCGGUCUCGAGAACACUUGUACAGUAUAUCAGUAAUUUUAUAGCUACAGGGGACCCAAAUGGAGGAGCUUUGCCAAACGCCUUUCCUACCGACAGUAAAACAACGCCACAGUCUGAAAAUGAUAUACCGAGACUGCCUUAUUGGGACACAUAUGAUACAAUUAACCAGUUUUAUUUGGAAAUGGGUAACUAUCCAGAACGGAAAGAUCACUAUAGGGGACAUAAGAUGUCGUUAUGGCUUAACUUGAUACCACAACUUCACAGACCUGGAGAGAGUGAUGACAUUUCUAUGAGGCAUCAUCAUUUUCAAGAGGAAGAUGAUAAGUAUUAUGAUGGUUCUGUACGUCCUCAACUAAAAGAGCGACCAAGCUACGUCCAGUACGCCAAUCCAGGACCACCAUCAGUAACCAAACCGACUAGCACUACCUCGCUACCCACUCCACCGCCUCCAAAAUCUGAUACUGCUUUACAAGCUACUACCACUGAAUGCCCACCUAACACUACUAUUAUCAUGCAAACCAAAAAUCCAAAUAAUCUGCUCAGAAAACUUGCCUCAAGUCACUACCAGUCUUACACGACCGCCCUCACGGUUACCAUUGCCGUUGGUUGCUUUUUGCUGCUGCUAAAUAUUUUUAUUUUUGCUGGCAUAUACCAUCAGAGAGGCAGAGGAAAGUGUAAAAAGAAGCAAAAAGAGGAAAUGGUCGAGCAAGGAAGCUGCAGUACUUCAUCCGGUGAAACCUAUGAUCAAAAAGCCUAUGAGCGGCAGCAAUAUAACUGUAACAAAAGUCCAUACCAUACGAUGUCGAGGACAAGUAGUUUUAAAAGGGACUCAAUGCCAAACUUUGUGGUUGACUAUACAAGUGGUGACAAAAUUUCUUCGACGGAAGUGCAGAUGACUGAACUGCCUCUUCAGGAGUUUAAUUCGUCACCGCCACCAGCAAAAAGAUGUGAGGGUAGCUCCUAUGCUCUUCCACCAGACGUGACAGCAUCAACCUCCGGCAAUCCAGAACAACAAUCGCAAUCCUGCGGGACAAGUCCAACGAUUCCCGAACCGCCGCCUCCCCCUAAAGGGCAACCGCCUGCGUCUGCGUACAACCAACCGGGAAUUUUAAGAUCCCACGGGGUACCCACUACGCCUGGUACCAUGAAAAAACGCGUCCAAAUUCAAGAGAUUUCUGUAUGAGUGUUGUGUAUUAUAUUAUAUGUCGUGAUUUGAUAUAUUAAAUAAAUUAAAUAUUUUGGGUAAGAAAUGUGGUUUAGGCUUGGGUUACCAAUGCCCAUGAUGGUAGAUUUAAUUAUGUCACUUUUAUUAACGCUUUUCAUUAAUUAACUUUUAACGUUUAUAAUUAUUCUGUAUAUACUGACCUAUAUUUGAGUUUAAUUUGAAAAAAAUUAUUUUAAUGCAAAGAGAUAUGUUGUUUAUUAUAAUUAAUAUUUGCUUAACCCUUUUAAUCCGGGUUUCCUUUUUCAAUAUUAUAUAUUGCUUUGGUAUUUGGCAUACCUAUUUUAAUUUUUUCUUUAAACGGUUCUUUAUGGAAAAUGAUUGGACAUUGAUGUCUCACCAGGGUUUUUUGACGGAACACAUUUAUCUCAACAGUUUAACUAAGAUAUGAUAUGGUGUAAAACAAUCUACGUACAAUGGAUAAUAAUACUUCUUGACUUAAAAAAUAUUUCUUGACUAACUUUUCUUGAAUAUUUCAUAAAUGUACCUCGUCCUUAGAGUCCGAGUCCUUAUUUUAAAUUCAUUGGCAUAAGUGGGUUGUGUUCUUUUAUGGCUGAUCUACCCUUAAAAUUUCGUUAUUGAUUUGUCAAUUUUUUGAAGGUUUAGUACCAGCAAGUUGAACUCAAAUCAAAGUGCAAAAAGUAAAUUUUCUGAACAUCAAGAUUGGUAAAAUCAGUUAUGUACAGGAGAAAAAGUAUAUGCCCUAAAACUAGGAGAUCUUUGCGGAACUUUUAGUAAGAUAGGAUGGAAAUCAGAGCACUCAGUCCCCACAAAUACUUGCUACUAUCAAUUUUAUAGAUAAGAAGAAAAUAGGAGGAUAUAACCCCUGUAUAGUAGAGGAUAUAAAGUUUCCUCAGCAGAAUACUGCAGCAGAUAUAGUAAAAUACUUUUGACAGAUCACAAAAAAUCGAGUUUUAGUUCUGAAACGUUAAGUAAUUUUUUUCUGAGAAAAGGAACACGAUAGUAUUUUGUCCAUAUUUUUAAUGGUUUAUUUCAUGGUUUUUUUAGCUUCGUUAGAAUACAAUUUUAAUAAAAGUAAUAAUUAAUAACUAUUCCUUAAUAUAGACUUUUUUAUUCCCUCGUUAUCAAGCGACGAAUUAUUUGAGUUGAUACUCUAUUAUAAUACAUUAUAAAACAGACAUCAGCUACUAGAAUAAUUGCUGUGUAGAAUAUUUUUUUUAUUCUUUGUAGAUUUUUCAUGAAUCUCCAGUUUUUGAUUGCAGCAUUAGGAUGUAUAAAGCAAGAGACUUCUUGAAAUGACCUUUAAAAAGCAAUUUAAUUCAGUUUUACCACGAUAUGGAUCACACUGAAUAAUAAGUUUUAUUUAAGAAGGAAUAGUUCUUCUAGAAACAACAUUUUCAUGAUCACAAGAUUAAUUUAUCACCCACAUCUUAUUGAUUUUCCCCAUCAAUAUUUUCAUCUUCUUUAGAAUUUCUCAUGUUAUUGUGCUCAUCAUCAAAAGAAUCAUUAUCAGUCUAACCUAGAUACAGAUAAUGGAAGAAACUUUUGAUCUUAUAUGCUGUCAUCGCGAUGUCUUGGACUUAACUGUUUCUCUUAGUUUUAUCGAAGUUUUCCGCACAGUACUUCAACUCGUGAAACCAAAUUAACAAUUUACGGAAAGCUGCUGGGAUAUAUACAGGGUG